CCCUCUCUACCUCUGGGACGGUGAUCAAUCACAAGAAUAAACCCAUCUGGUAGUGACYGUAUUAUGGCAGGUAACAGUACAGCUCUCGGCAAACAGCCGCAGGUGUGGAUAGAAUAUAGAUCCUACAGAAUCGAAUAUAUUAUUAUCUCCCAAACCGUGGUUAAGAUAAAUACAGGAUUUUGAACUCCAUAACUCGAAAUCAGGAAAAAUCCAGACAAGCCUAACCUUUCAGCUGUUUUUCAGUUGGAUGGAGGAAUUCCUGUAAAAUGGCCAAAGGCUAUAAUCUGAGAGGUCUUGCCCUGACUCCUGUCCCAUGGUGACAAGAUGCACCUCAGUCACAGUCGUAACAGGGCACAAAGUUCCACGGUCAUAAAAUAUGUUCUUCCCCUCACUUUAUUGAACAAUAAAUACGUUUUAAGCAGCUAUCCCGCUGGCAUACACUAAAUUCUAUCCACUGGAUUGUUCUUUCUCUCUGAAGAAGGGAGGGGUCAAGUGGAGGCAGUAAUCGCUGUAACGGAUGACAGUGCCCAAGGAUUUAAAGUUGUUAGACUGUGGUCUGCGCACGGAGCCAGUAGGGUAACGGGACCAGAAAAGGAUAGAAGUCUGUACCAUCAAAUUGGACAUUUUGGUUCAUUUUCUAUAACUUUUUGGGCUAUUUGACCUGUUUUUUGUCUCACUGAGAUAUAACAUAUGUUUAAACUUUAGAKCUAGCAGAGCACACAUGCCAACAACUACCAGACAAGGAUCAACAUCAAAACAUCAUGUGGACGUGGGAAGAGAAUUGAUGAGGAGCGUUUGGACAAGAUAACCAUGACAUAAAUUUGGAAUAAUUCCGUUUUUUUCUGUAACCAUUACUGCCCUUCUAUAUAAGUUGGGGAAGUCGUUUUCAAACGUUUUAUUCUCAACUGGGAGAGGAGGCCUACCAAAGCAAACUGUUACUCAAGGUAUCUUAAGAGAAGCAUUUUUCCAUCUUGCAGCCAAUGAGAGAUCAAGAAUGAUUAUGACGAAGACCUUGUUCAUCUGUUUCCCGCUGGUUCUCCUGGCGGGACAUCUCCUCGUGGUUACCGGACAAGCCAACGAGCCCAACCAACCAGAAGUCCUGCCGUCCGCCACACAGAAACCAGUAGUCUCUGGUAGAGAGAGCCUGGCGAGGUUCAACGCCAAUGUCUCCGCUCCUCGGCACAUGCGGCCUUUACCGCCGAUGUGCUCGGGGCCUACCGAGAUCAGAGACACAUUUAAGUACAUCAACACUGUGGUAUCGUGUCUCGUGUUCAUAGUCGGUAUUAUCGGGAACUUCACGCUCCUAAGAAUCAUCUACAAGAACAAGGGCAUGCGCAACGGCCCCAACAUUCUCAUCGCCAGCCUGGCGCUGGGAGACCUGCUGCACAUUGUGAUCGAUAUUCCCAUCAAUGUGUACAAGCUCCUAGCCGAGGAUUGGCCGUUUGGUGUAGGUCUGUGUAAACUAGUACCGUUUGUCCAGAAAGCUUCAGUGGGCAUUACUGUGCUGAGCUUGUGUGCUCUGAGCAUUGACAGGUACCGCGCGGUAGCGUCGUGGAACCGUAUUAAGGGGAUCGGUGUUCCCAAGUGGACGGCUAUAGAGAUCGCACUCAUCUGGCUGCUGUCCAUACUGCUGGCGGUCCCUGAGGCUAUAGCCUUCGACAUGCUCGCCAUGGACUACAAGGGAGAGCACCUCCGCAUCUGUCUGCUACACCCCAUGCAGAAAUCAGGCUUUAUGAGUUUCUAUAAGACAGCUAAGGACUGGUGGCUGUUCAGUGUGUAUUUCUGCCUCCCUCUGGCCAUUACCGCCGUCUUCUACACCCUGAUGACUUGUGAGAUGCUGAGGAAGAAGAACGGAGUCCAGAUCACCCUGAGUGACCAUCUCAAACAGAGGCGUGAGGUGGCUAAGACCGUGUUCUGCCUGGUGCUGGUGUUUGCUCUAUGCUGGCUGCCCCUCCAUCUCAGCCGCAUCCUCAAGCUCACCAUCUAUGACGAGAAGGACCCCAACCGCUGUGAACUGCUCAGUUUCUUCCUGGUUCUAGACUACAUAGGGAUCAACAUGGCGUCUCUUAACUCCUGCAUCAACCCCAUCGCUCUCUACAUGGUCAGCAAGCGUUUCAAGAGCUGCUUCAGGUCAUGCCUGUGUUGCUGGUGUCUGCCAGCGGAGAUGUUGAUUGAUGAGAAGCAGUCCUGUAUGAAGCUCAAAGUCACAGACCGGGCCUCCGACCAGAGCAACUCACGUGCUACUAACAAGUACACUUCAGCAUGAAAGGGGCCCCGUGCACUCAAUGAAGUACCGUAUGAUGUGCUCUAAAGGACUAAUUGAAGAUCAGUCAUGUAACCUGAUCCUGACUGAAACCAUUAUGAGACGGCCAUAAGAUGUGUCCUAAGAAGUGCCCUUACUCAGUAGAUGUAGUUUUAAACCACUAAGAGAAAAUAAGUGCCCUAAAGGACUGAUCCAGCGAAGUCUCCUCUGACUGGAGGAAGAAGUAAUCAAAUGUACUUAAACCCACAAGUGUUGCGGACAGGGUUCCCUCAAAGUUUUGGUUCAGAAUAAACUGUCAAAUCGCCAGAAAUUCAGCUAGAAAUUAGUUUAAUUUAUAAAWAUCUGUUAAUUUAGGAAAUCUGUUCCCAAGAAUUCCCACAAAUAUMUUUUUUAAAGAGACGUGAUCGUSUCUAAAUMUAAUUCAAGGUAUGAAAUUACAGGGUUUUCUCUCUCUUUUUGGGCUUAGUUGUGGUCAGUUUGCAGUGUACAAAUUAUGUUCCAGCCCCCCGACCAUCCGAUACGUUGUCUACCCCUGGUCUAGAAUGUUUAGCUGGGAGAGUGUUGAUGGAGAAGAGGAUCAUUUGGAGAAAGAUGAGUGGAGGGAGAGAGGUUCAAUGCAUACAAUCAGAUAUUAGUAUUAUUGAUGACGAAUGGCACAACAUAGAGUUGUCCUAUUGUGGAGAAAUGACACUGCCGGUUGUGACUCCCCCUGGUUAUAACCUCUAUAGGAAUGUUCAUAAGGUACACGACAUAAGGCAAACCCAAAGGGGCUGUGGCAGAGGCGUCAUAGUGAAAAUGCCUGAGGUUGAGACAUAGGGAACGUUAUAUGAACAUUGCAAGAAGGUUGAAGUAUUGUACUGUAUAAUAUAUGUGUGGCUUUUUUAACAUAUCCCGUAUACUACUCUGAACUCAAGGACUUAAGAAUGAAUUCGUCUUCACGCCUUUGCUAAAUUGCUUUUACACACUGUUUGAUAUUGCUAUUUGAUAUUGCUAGGAUUUGACUUGGAUAGUUUGCUAUGGCGUCUUUGAAUGUUUGACUUCAUGUUCUGUGUUGCUACUAGGGUCGAUCUGUUUCUCAUUAAACUGCUGAUCUGAUUGGGUCUGAC